ACUUGUCUCCCGGCCCCGAGCUGCGUCCCCGCCCCUGGAGGAGAGACCCCCCUCGGCUCGGCGCCUCCCGCGUCUCCCGGCUGCUGGGGAAGCCUCGGCGCGGCCGACACCAUGAGUGAACAGAGUAUCUGUCAGGCAAGAGCUGCUGUGAUGGUUUACGAUGAUGCCAAUAAAAAGUGGGUGCCAGCUGGUGGUUCAACCGGGUUCAGCAGAGUUCAUAUAUAUCAUCAUACAGGCAACAACACAUUCAGAGUGGUGGGCAGGAAGAUUCAGGACCAUCAGGUCGUGAUAAAUUGUGCCAUUCCUAAAGGGUUGAAGUACAAUCAAGCUACACAGACCUUCCACCAAUGGCGGGAUGCUAGACAGGUGUAUGGUCUUAACUUUGGCAGCAAAGAAGAUGCCAAUGUCUUCGCAAGUGCCAUGAUGCAUGCCUUAGAAGUGUUGAAUUCACAGGAAACAGCCCAGAGCAAAGUUACUGCUACCCAGGACAGCACUAAUUUGCGAUGUAUUUUCUGUGGGCCGACAUUGCCUAGACAAAAUUCACAACUACCUGCCCAAGUUCAGAAUGGCCCAUCACAAGAAGAAUUGGAAAUUCAAAGAAGGCAACUACAAGAACAGCAACGACAAAAGGAGCUGGAGCGGGAAAGGCUGGAGAGAGAAAGAAUGGAAAGGGAGAGAUUGGAGAGGGAGAGGUUAGAAAGGGAAAGGCUGGAGAGGGAACGACUAGAACAGGAGCAGCUGGAGAGAGAGAGACAAGAAAGGGAACGUCAGGAUCGUCUGGAGCGGGAGAGACAAGAGCGGGAGAGGCUGGAGAGACUGGACCGGGAAAGGCAAGAAAGAGAGCGGCAAGAGCAGCUAGAAAGGGAGCAGCUGGAAUGGGAGCGAGAGCGAAGAAUGUCAAAUGCCGCUCCAUCCUCCGACAGCUCCCUGUUUCAUGCUCCACUUCCUGAGUGUGCCAGUUGCCAGCCUCCUGCAGCACCUCCUCCAUCAUAUGCUAAAGUCAUCUCAGCUCCAGUGUCAGAGGCCACUCCUGAUUACGCUGUAGUGACCGCUUUGCCACCCACUUCCACACCCCCUACACCACCUCUUCGACACUCCGCGACACGUUUUGCAACAUCUCUAGGUUCAGCCUUCCACCCUGUUCUUCCCCAUUAUGCUACAGUUCCUCGUCCUCUGAACAAAAACUCUCGACCUUCUUCUCCUGUGAACACACCCUCUCCUCAACCUCCAGCUACGAAGCCCUGUGCCUGGUCUACUUCCAGUUUCUCGCCCCUCCCUCCGUCUCCUCCAGUAAUGAUUAGCAGCCCCCCAGGCAGAGCUACUGGUCCAAGGCCCGUCCUCCCCGGUUGCGUUUCUUCUCCUGUGCCCCAGAGGCCUCCAUCACCAGCGGCCCCCAGCGGGCUGCUCGACUCUGUCACAUGUCCAGUGUCUCCACCGCCUACCUCAGGGCCAGCGGCGCUGCCACCGCCUUCCCUCGCACCACUCCCACACUGUGGAUCUCAAGCCUCUCCUCCUCCAAGCACCCCUGUUGCCUCAACUCCCUCAUCCAAGCCUAGUGUUCUCCCUUCUCCCUCUGCAGCUGCCCCUGCCUCUGUGGAGACUCCUCUAACCCCUGUGCUGGGAGACUCCUCUGCUUCUGAGCCAGGCUCGCAGGCAGCCUCUCAGCCGGCCGAGACUCCAGCCCAGCAGGGCAUUGUCUUGGGACCACCUGCACCUCCACCCCCUCCUCCACUCCCACCAGGUCCUGCCCAGGCAUCAGCCGUACUUCCUCCUCCCCCAGGACCCCCUCCACCCCCUCCACUUCCGUCCUCAGGGCCCCCGCCUCCGCCUCCUCCACCACCUCUUCCUAAUCAAGUACCUCCUCCUCCCCCGCCACCUCCUGCUCCUCCCCUCCCUGCAUCUGGAUUUUUUUCGGGAUCCAUGUCUGAAGACAAUCGCCCUUUAACUGGACUUGCAGCUGCAAUUGCUGGAGCAAAACUUAGAAAAGUGUCACGGAUGGAGGAUGCCUCUUUCCCAAGCGGAGGGAAUACCAUUGGUGUGAAUGCGGCCUCAUCUAAAACAGACACGGGUCGUGGAAAUGGACCCCUUCCGUUAGGGGGCAGCGGUUUAAUGGAAGAAAUGAGUGCCCUGCUGGCCAGGAGGAGAAGAAUUGCUGAAAAGGGAUCAACAAUAGAAACAGAACAAAAAGAGGACAAAAAUGAAGAUUCAGAGCCUGUAAGUUCUAAGGCCUCUUCAACAAGUACACCUGAACCGACAAGAAAACCUUGGGAAAGAGCAACUACUAUGAAUGGCAGCAAGUCACCUGUUAUUUCCAGACCAAAAUCUGCACCCUCGUCACAGCCCAGUGCCAACGGAGUCCAGACGGAGGGACUGGAUUAUGACAGGCUGAAGCAGGACAUUUUAGAUGAAAUGAGAAAAGAAUUAACUAAGCUAAAAGAAGAGCUCAUUGAUGCAAUCAGGCAGGAGCUGAGCAAGUCAAAUACUGCAUAGAGAAUCAAACUAAGGAGAGAUAGGACUUUAAUCUGGAGAAAGGAAAAGAAAAAAAAACCUACAAAGAAGAACUGUGUUAACAACAAAACCCUUACUUACAUCUUGUGAGCUGUAAGAAGAAAAUGGAGACAAACAGUCGGAAGGAGGGAAAAAUCAACAUACUUUGAAAGCCUUCAGACAUUACUACUCUGGCGAUAAGCUGUUUCCCUCACAGUUUUCUGCUUUUCUCUGACCUUUACAACGGGAUGGAGGAGAGUCGUAUAGGAGUUCCUGUAUCAGUUAUGCAGAAAAUACUGAAUCCGUCAGGCAAGAUCACCGUGCAUUGAAAUACUUUCAUGUCAAGAGAAAAUCGCACGUUUUCCACAAUCCAUUGCUAAAAUAAAGAGGAGAAAGGCUUGAGAAUUUUUUUUCAGAGAAUGGUGAUGAGGAAUUUAGCAAGUUAUGCUAUUGUAUUGUAAAUGUUUCUCUCAGGUUUGUCUUCCUAUCAUAUUUGAUAUUCCAUGAAUAAUUGAGUUCAGCCCUAUGUAGGUUAAGAUCAUAAAAUGUGGAACAAAUGAAAUUGUAUGUGCUUUCAAAGGGUGAUAUUUAUAAGAAAGUGUCCUAAAAAUGAUUUGUUCAGAGUGAGGAAUUUUAGAAUGAUAGGAAGUCUCUCGAGUGUAGCCUUCAUGCAAUUUUGUAGAUUCAAACAUAAAAUUUGUCCAGAAUUUAAAGAUUUAGAUGCCUUCCUAAAUUGUUACAAUGCUUUACCAAAUCUGUGACUCCUACAUAACACAAACCAGUGGUCAAAUGUAAAACAGUAUAUUGUAGAUUCACUGUAGGUUUUCAACCUUUUUUAGAUUUAUGCACGUGGACAUUUUUAUAAUGUAAUUACAACCACACAAAAUUAGCUUUUUAAAUUGCAGACAGUAAUGCAUGUCAAACUAAUAUGUAGUGGCCUUUUCAAGGCCUAGUCCCAGGGAAAACAUUUUGUAGAGUAUAGGGGAGCGGGAGGAAGGGAAGGAAUAAUUUUUUAUUUAAAGUUAAUUUCUGCACUAUCUUCGUUCUCAGUUAUCUGCAUGAAUAAUAAUGAGGAAUAUUUUGUGACUUUAAUUGGUAAAUAUGUUAACAGCACCAAGUACUUAAUCUUUUACAUCAUGUCUUCAGCUAUUUGUAUUUUAACUUGAGUAAGUUCAGUGGUCUGAAACAUGAUUCUGAGCUUCACAUGAAUUACAUCUUAGUGUGGAACUCAAAAGUUCCAUCCCUGAAUUGGGCAGUUGUUAUUACCUAGGCGCCCUGCAGUUAUACAGGUAUUCAGGUACACAUUCCUGACUACAGAGCUGCUUUUGAACCUUGUUAUGUUGAAAUACUAGAAAAGUAACAAUGAUGGCAGCAAUUAAGGUCACAGAAAUCAUUAGAUAAAGGGAAAACGAGGGGUCCUGCAUAAUUUUCUUUUAAUAAAUAAAGUGAGACUUAGGUGGUGGGAAGAAGGAACUAGAUACUCUACUUACCACCGUGUGUGUGCGUGCGUGCGUGCGUGUUUGUGUGGGCACUCACGUGUGUGUAUGUUAUCCACUCCCUUUUCUUUGAAACUUCUAAGAUUAAAAUAGGGGAGAAAUCCUGUAUGUUGCAAUGAUAGAAUUUUUUGAAAUUUUAGGAAAUCACAAUUCUCCAGGCUCUCCAUCUUGAUUUAUGCUUGAGUUGUUAUGUGCCAUAUUUGCUUUGAAACCUUUGAUUAUCAGUAGUUUUACUAAAAUUUUGAAGAAAUAAUCCACUUUCAUCUGCUUUCUAGAUUUCUUAAUCUAAGUUCGUAAGACGGAACUUGUUGAUAGCGCAUAGUUUUCUAAGCGCUGCAAGUUUGCAGCCAUUACCACUUCAAAGAGGUUUGAAUGAGGGAGUUUUUUUCCCUUGUUCAAAUAGUUCCUGUUUCUGUAGAAACUUCAUUUUUAGAUCUGUGAUGGAUGAGCUAUCAUAAUUCAAGUAUACAGUUCUUCUUUUCUAUCAACUCUUCAUUGUCAUCCAAUAGUGAAGACAUUAAAGAUGCAGCAAGCUUAUGAAGUACUACUUUCUAAAAGAAAUAGGAGGCAUUUUCAUCUUUAUUGUUGUACUUUUGGUUAUGCAAACACUUUGAUGAUACAAAUGUUUAUGUCCCCCAUAAAUCUGGUCAGAAAUCACUUUUGAUUUUGUUGAUUAAGUUAAACAGUCUAUAGUAGGAUAGAGUACUGGGUACAAGUGGUCCAAAGUAAGAUAAAAGACUACGGUAAAAAUGCUAGAUCUUAAAAAAGAAACUGGUUUAUGCACUAAACGUUUUGUGCCUUGGUCUAAUAUUAACAUGAUGUCUGUGUAAAAUGACAAAAAGAACAAGUGUUGAAUCACGUUUUAUUUCCUGUCGUUCUGCAUUAUCCCAGAUUGCUAACUGUGUUCUUUCCAAGAAGUUUGAUUGAAUUACUGUAUACAUUUGCUGUCCUAUGUGACAGUUUUGUCAUUGUUAGAGAUUUCAGUAAUUAAAAUGGGAAACAGAAGCUUAGGUUAUUUUCCUUAUCAAAACUAUGUUCCUUGGAGCCACAAUAUUAUGAUGGUUUUCGUGCUCUUGUACAUUGGAUGUCUUAAGCUGAGUGCAGUUUAGGGGAUCCUUUCUAAUUACAGGAAGGUACUUCUUUCCUUCAACACUGUGAUCUGACCUGUGACAAAUCUGUACUAUACACUAUGUAAAUGGCUAACAAGUCAAUUGCAAACCAACUGAAUGUACAAAUCUUAGUGCUGGUGCUGAAAUCUCUUCAGAAUAGUCAUCAUGAUCUCAAAGUUUGUUUCAAAAUUUGCAAGCAUCAAGUGUCAAUCAAAACUGAAGAUGAAACACUAAUGAAUGUUGAAUUCUCAUGCUUUAGGUGUACUUCCUUAUUAGAGUUUUUGGUUCUCUGCUAUUUUUACCGUACUGUUUCAUUUAAAUUUCCUACAUGCUAACUUCGUUUGUGCGAUUGAAAUAAAAUUGCAGUAUAUACGU